AUGGAGCUACGCCUGACGGAACCACACUGCGAGUGUAUUGUCUAUGCAGCUUCCGCAGUACAACACACUCAAGAUUCAGCGGAAUCCUCAGAGCUGUCAACAGAUUUGCCCUCUUCAGAAUUAUUGCAUGAAGGGUCUGGUGACGAACCUCCAGGACCAAUUUUGCGGACAAAGAACGAAACGAGAGAUGCGCUCAAGUCUGAUGGAAGUGAGCAGGAUCCAGUGGUAUUCCUAGCGGAUAAGAACAACUACAUCCCGGUGAGCAUCAAGCCGAGAUCGCCGGCGGCAGAGGCAGCGUGGAGAGAGCCGCCCGCGUGGGAGCGGGAGUAUAGGCGACAUAGGACUAAUGGCAGUCGGGUGCAAUAUAUUGAAGCAGAAUGUCAAGACGACUUUAUGAAGAUCAGAGUGGGUUUCAACGGAUCGUUUUCUGGCUUGGUUUAUUCAGCAGGCUAUUCCUACGACCCCGACUGCAUGUACAUCAACGGCUCUGGUCGUGACUACUACGAGUUUUACAUACAGCUGAACCGCUGCGGCACUCUCGGGAGGAACGGCCAACAUGAUGAUACUAGGAAACAUCCUACGAAGAACCUAAUGUGGAACACCAUCACGGUGCAGUACAACUCUUUAAUCGAAGAGGAGUUGGACGAACACUUCAAGGUCACGUGCGAAUAUGGAUACGACUUCUGGAAAACUGUCACUUUUCCCUUUUUGGAUGUAGAGGUAGCGACAGGCAAUCCUGUAGUAUUCACGCUACAACCACCAGAGUGCUAUAUGGAGAUAAGGUCCGGGUACGGCGCGAGCGGGGCCCGCGUGUCGGGGCCCGUGCGUGUGGGGGACCCGUUGACACUGCUCAUUUAUAUGAGAAGUGCUUAUGAUGGAUUUGACAUAGUGGUGAACGAUUGUUUCGCACACAACGGAGCCGCAAAGAGAAUUCAACUUAUAGAUGAAUAUGGAUGUCCAGUGGACGACAAGCUGAUAUCCCGAUUCCGCGGCUCGUGGUCUGAGGCCGGCGUGUUCGAGACGCAAGUGUUCGCGUACAUGAAGACGUUCCGCUUUACCGGAUCGCCCGCGCUCUAUAUAGAAUGUGACGUGCGCAUGUGCCAUGGAAGAUGUCCCUCGCAGCCGUGCCACUGGCGCAACAUGAAGAGCGUGCAGCGGCGAGCGGCGGAGGCGAGCGCGCACGUGGCGCCGCGCCUCUCGGAGAACGUGUCGCUGUUCCAGUCGCUGCGCGUGCUGCAGGAGGGCGAGGAGGACGACGAGUACACGCGGGCUGCUGCAGAAGGCCAAACGUGCAUGAAGACGUCCGCUCUGUCCGCUCUAUUCGCGUCUUGUGGCGCGGUAGUGUGCGCACUGGUAGCGGCGUUGCUACUGGCGGCGCGUCGCUGCGGGCGCCGGGGGGGGGACGCGCCGCACCACGCGUACGUGCCGCAUAAGGGACGGAUCAAGUAGUUGGAAGGUAUAGUGGUGUAGAUUGGCCUUUAUGUAAAAUC